UCAAGCACGUGACGGAGUCAGUCACAAGCUCUGUGCUGUGACCCUGCAGCAGUAGCUGCAUACAGAGAGAGGAGGGAGAGCUCUGCCCAGUGAGUGUGUCAGCGUUCCUCGUGCAACUACCCCAGUGACUUUAAUCACGGGACAGCUAAUUUUACUUAGAGGACAUAUCGAGCCGUGAAGUGAGCUGACCGUCGACGCAGCCAAAUUAUCGCCCAUCACUUUGUACACCACCACCACCACCAGACACAACUUUCAGUCACUGCUUUGAGUGGCAUGCGAGGAGAAGAAGUAUUGACCGACCUUGGCAAGAGAGCACACGAGGGAGAGUUCGCACCAUGCUCACCUGUUCGUUGCGACGGUCCCUGAACAUCUCCCGGAGUGCAGAGACCUGGGCAGUGAUUUACUCACUUGGCCCUUAACAAGGAUAACGCAGCAGAGGACGACGCGACCAAACACAACUGAAGAUACUUUCACACAAGGGACUAUGAACGCUGUCUGCAUCGUGCUAACUGUACUGCUGUUCCCGUCUUCAGUCAAGCCCAUGAGUGUUUCGUCUGGACAAAGUCAUCUGAAGAAUGGAGUGAUGAAGUUUGACGAGGUGAUGAGGCGGAGUUACUGCCAGCCGAUGGAAACGAUGAUCGACAUCCUGCACGAAUACCCAGACGAGGUGGAGCACUUCUUCCGGCCGUCGUGUGUGCCGCUCUUACGCUGCUCUGGCUGUUGCAAUGAUGAGAACCAAGAAUGUCUCCCCACAGAGACCGCCAACAUCACUCUACAGGUUUAUAAAUACAAACUACGCCACAAUGCAGGUUAUGAAGAAAUGUCAUUUCAGCAGCACACCAAAUGUGAGUGUAGAUCACGAGAACGACAAAAAUCUCCCAGCUUGUGCAAACCAUGCGCGGAAAGGCGUCUGGUGCCAGACCCUGACACCUGCAAGUGCUUGUGUAAGCUGUCAGUGGCACGUUGCAAACAUCGGGGCCAAGAGCUGAAUGAGCACAGCUGCAGGUGUGAAAGACCAAGGAGAUGAAAAUACCAUCCCAUCCGCCAACGCCGAUGGAGAAGAAACUGCCCAGUGCAGUAAAGAAGCUGGUGUCCAUCUCCCGGCAGAGACGUACUUGCUCAGAGAUGUACUUGCUCAGGAGUUGUCUUGGUGCAUUAUCUUCCCGGCGUUUUUUCACUUGAUGGGCUCCGUGCGGCCCACAGGAGUCAGCUCGGCGUGCAUGAGACUCGCUCCUCGUGUGCAGCGCACGCAGUUGCAAUCAUUGCUGUAAUGCUCAACUGGAGUUUUAUUUCCACAAACACACAGAACACACUUGGCCACGUAAAAAAAGACUCGCAUUCGUUUCUGGCUACGUGUACUUUCGACGGAUAUUGGCCUACUUAACGGUGCGGCGUAUGUUUUCUAUUAAAAUGAUAAAAUCUGGGAUAGAGUCAAUCCUAGACAUGAGAUAUGUGUGUAUAUAUCUCAAAUUCUGUAUUGCUACCUUAGAUAAUUCCACAUGUUAUUGAAAAUUUGCACGAGAAGAUGAAGAAGGUUGGACGUUUUUGAAGAUAUUGCUGGCAUCCUCGGACCUGCCGUUACGAGCAAAUGGAAUGUCCCCUGCUGGAGAUGAUGAAGGUGAAGGAAUUGAGAUGUUGGAAUUACGUACAAGCUGCGUAUGUUCAGACUGCACACGAGCUCUGGCACUGAGACACCUUGUGCACAUCAAGCCCAUAUGUAGCAUCUCAUCGGUCCUGAUCGCCAACAAGAACAGUUCCCGAUGUACAUCACCACAACAGUAAAUCACUACGUACAAAUGUCAAGCCGCGUGUAUGUGAAAGGUCUUGGAUUAGUCUACGCUCUUGCGAUUUGAAACGUUAAAAUCUAUUCCAGGUAACGAUGACACCAUAUAUAUGUGUAGUUUAAUAUUGAUGUAAUUAACACCGUGUGUACUGAUUUUGUUUGUGAUGUGGUACUUUGGUACUUUAGAUAAGACCAUCAGGUUAAGCAUUAGAGACCACUAAGCCUCUAAGUUAUAAAUUGGCUGUCAUAGCAUUGCAGGCCCACACAUUAUUUAUUACGCUGUAUUUAAAUUGUAUUUAAAAUGUUAACAUAUUGUGCUGUAUACUAUGUUCGAGUUAUAAGUGCAACAUAUUGUGGCACUUUGGCAUAUGAUUUUGAGGUAAAAUAUAUCAUGCUGCUUUCUGUGUUCUGAGCGCUUUGCUUACUGGACAGUGCACGUGAAGUCUGUGUGAUGAAGCUUGCUUCUGUUUGAAGGAGACAGAGACUCGCAGCUUGAUAGUUCUCCAUAAACUAGCGUAGCCAAACAGAGAGUGAUGCAGUAUAAGCAGUGUUAAACGUUGGACCCUGUAGCAGUGUAAAUAUUGAAAAAGAGGUGCAUAUGUGUUGUAUUCUUAAAAACGUGAAUGACAAGAAAGUGAGGAAAAAAACGCUUGUAACUGCCAUUCUGGCCCAUGAAACACGAUGACCAAUGGCUGUACGCUGUCCCUCUUGUGUAAGCUUUUUUUCCACUUCUGAAUGUUAAGCAGAGAGGAAAAUAACAAGCCAUCAUGGUGUGUCCCUGUUUGCUAUCAUGUGUACAUAUACAGUUCUGCAAAGUGUCACAAUAUCCCUGCCUCACUGUUGUUUGUGUUUCAGUAACAACACCAAACAUUCCUCACUGCAGAUCUACUAAUUUUAAACUUUUACUGUGCUCGGUCGUGUGUAUUUAUUGAAUGGGUGAGCAAAAUUAAUUGCAUUAAAGUAGUUGUGUAAUAGUCAAAGUGGUGGUCUUUGGUCAGGCAAACUCCUGUGUGUAUGUGAGUGGGUAGGCUAAUCGGCCGGGCGCUGAUGCUGGUGAGCGUUCGUCUGACAGGAGGAGAGUUGUAAGUUCAAUCCCGGUCGCGGGUCGACUCAGCCCCUCAUUCUCUUUGCGGUUGAAAUAAAAAAUAAUCAUAACAAGUGAUUGGCUUCCAGUGAGAGUAAACCGGAGAGCCUGGAGAAAACCCAUUGCACGAACAAGAACAGUGUUUGUUGUUGGAGUUGGGUGAACUUGCCAAUUUGAAGUCAACAGUGACUUCCAUGGGAAUGUGGGACAUUUCAAUUCUGGCUAAGGCCUCGCAACAGAGAUAAGAGCCACCUCAAUGCCCAAUUUAACAGUGCUACUUUGACUUGACUUUGCGUUGAUGUAAUUACAUUUAUUAUAUUCUACAACAAUAUUUAUUUUUGAAAGGCUGUAUUUUGUUGUGGAGUUUGAUUUUUAAAAAAAUACCUGUUCAUAUAUGAUAGCUUAUAUUUUAAGUUAAAAUAAAAACAAUUCUAGUCAUG